CGCCAUUGCCGAUCACGUCCAUCUCCUUCUCCAUAUCCGAUUCCUACGUAACCAACUCCUCCUCCUCCAUCUAACAAGAGAGCCCUCUCUCUUCUCCCUCCUCUGCUCCCAUCUCUCGUACUGGUGCGAUGAGGGGCGCGGUGCUGGUGGCCGUGGCUGCCGCCAUCGGCAACCUGCUGCAAGGGUGGGACAAUGCGACGAUCGCCGGAGCGGUGCUGUACAUCAAACGCGAGUUCCACCUCGAGACGCAGCCCGCCAUCGAGGGGCUCGUCGUCGCCACGUCCCUGAUCGGCGCCACCAUCAUCACCACCUUCUCCGGACCGGUUGCCGACGUCGUCGGCCGCCGCCCGAUGCUGAUCGCCUCCUCGCUCCUCUACUUCCUCGGCGGGCUCACCAUGCUGUGGUCACCCAACGUGUACAUGCUCCUGCUGGCGCGCCUCGUGGACGGCUUCGGCGUGGGGCUGGCCGUCACGCUCGUCCCCGUCUACAUCUCCGAGACGGCGCCGCCCGAGAUCCGGGGGCUGCUCAACACGCUGCCGCAGUUCACGGGGUCGUUCGGCAUGUGCAUGUCAUACUGCAUGAUCUUCGCCAUGACGCUCAAUCCGGAUCCCAGCUGGCGGACCAUGCUCGGCGUGCUCUUCGCGCCCUCGCUCAUCUAUUUGCUUCUGACCGUGUUCUACCUGCCGGAGUCGCCGCGGUGGCUCGUCAGCAAGGGGAGGAUGAAGGAGGCGAGGGUGGUGCUGGAGAUGCUGCGUGGACGGGAGGACGUGUCCGGCGAGAUGGCGCUGCUGGUGGAGGGUCUGGGAAGCGCCGGCGAGACGGAGAUCGAGGAGUACGUCGUGGGACCGGCGGACGGCGACCAGGAGCAGAGGGACACCGUGACGCUGUACGGGCCGGAGCAGGGGCUGUCGUGGGUGGCGCAGCCCGUCGCCGGUGGCAGGGGGAGCAUGCUGGGCAGCGCUCUCGGGCUGCAGCCGGGGUCGGCGAGGCAGGGGAGCAUGUUCGACAUGAUGAAGGACCCCGUGGUGGCGCUGCUCGGGAGCGUGCACGAGCGGCUUCCCGGAGACGGCGCCGGGAGCAUGAGGGGCAGCACGCUGUUCCCCAACCUCGGAAGCAUGCUGAGCGUGUCGGAGAGGCCUGGUGGCGGCGGAGCUGCAGGUAGUGGCGCCAGCGGCGCGUGGGACGAAGAGAGCGUGGCGCCCGACGAUGACGACGAGGACGAGUACCUGUCGGACGACGACGACGACGACCAGGCGGCGGCGCCCGGCGGGCUCGAGGCGCCGCUGCUGUCUCGGCAGAGCACGGAGGUGGAGACGAGGGCGAACAACAAAAACGAGGUGCCGCGGAGCCAGUCGAGCAUGCAGCGGUUCAGCAGCGUGGGAGGCGGCGUCGACGCGGCGAGCACGAUGGGCAUCGGCGGCGGGUGGCAGCUGGCGUGGAAGUGGACCGAGAAGGUGGGCCCCGAUGGCGUCAAGCGCGGCGGCGUCAAGAGGAUGUACCUGCACGAGGAGGGCGUCCCAGGCGGCGCGGACGGAGCCGCGGGCGCAGGCGGCCCCGGCGAGUACGUGCACGCGGCGGCGCUGGUGAGCCAGUCCAUGCUCUACACCAAGGACGUCCUCAUCGGGCAGAGCCCCACCGAGCCAGCCUUCGCCAACCCACCGGAAGCCGUCGCCACCAAGGCUGCCGCCUCCGGCCCUCCUUGGCGCGAGCUCCUCGAGCCCGGCGUCCGCCACGCUCUCUUCUGCGGAGUCAUGAUCCAGAUCCUCCAGCAGUUCUCUGGCAUCAAUGGCGUGCUCUACUACACGCCGCAGAUCCUGGACCAGGCCGGCGUGAGCGUCCUCCUCGCCGGCCUCGGCCUCAGCGCCGACUCCACCGCCAUCCUCAUCUCGGGCCUCACCACGCUCCUCAUGAUGCCCAGCAUCGGCAUCGCCAUGAGGCUCAUGGACGUGGCCGGCCGUCGCAGCCUGCUCCUCUGGACCAUCCCGGUGCUCAUCCUCUCCCUCCUCAUCCUCAUCGUCUCCAACGUCGUCCCCAUGGACACCAACGUGCACGCCGCGCUCUCCACCGUCUCCGUCAUCCUCUACUUCUGCACCUUCGUCAUGGGAUUCGGGCCCAUCCCAAACAUACUCUGCGCCGAGAUCUUCCCCACCAGGGUCCGAGGUCUCUGCAUCGCCAUAUGCUCCCUCACCUUCUGGAUCUGCGACAUCAUCGUCACCUACAGCCUGCCAGUCUUGCUCAACUCCAUCGGCCUCGCCGGAGUGUUUGGGAUCUACGCCUGCGUCUGCUGCCUCGCGCUCGUCUUCGUCGCGCUCAAGGUGCCCGAGACCAAGGGGCUCCCGCUCGAGGUCAUCAUCGAGUUCUUCAACGUCGGCGCCAAGGGAUUGCCUGAAAAGGCCCUUGAUUAAAUGGAGGACAAAACCUUCUUAAGUAUACCUACAUUUUUCAUCCAUAUAUCCAUGGAUGGAUCGGAUCCAUCACGCGCGCGUAAUUAAGUAGCUGAGAGAAUAAAAGAUGUUACUAAUUAGGACGGUGUUUUGCUUUGUGGUGUUUUUUUGUUGAGUCUUUUGCUCCAUCUCUCAUAUAUUCAUGCAUGGAGCUAUGAGUUAAUCAUCCAUAUAUGCUAUAAGGUAGGGUUUUUUUUUUGUUAGUAAUACGUCAGUUUUCUCCCUCUUGAAUUCGGCUGAACAAUUAUUGUAUGCUUGAUCGGUUGUACCAAUUAUCAUUUUAUGAGUAUGAUGCUAAUUGGAAGCAUGAAA